GAGGAGGAAGUUCUGUGUGCCGCCGCAGGGAGCGACUGACGCACAGAAACACGACCGCCGGGCGGGUUGCGCUGGUGGUCGCACACCGGUAAUCUGUCGACCAUAGGCGGCUGGCUCUUUCCUGGAGCUCGGUGUCGGAGAGUGAAUGAGGUUGAUGCUGCUGUGCUGCACCUGGAAGGACGAACGCAUGGGAGAGGAGGAAGCUGGAGGAAGUUUGCCCAUCUGUGCGGGAUGCAAACAGAGGAUCUAUGAUGAGCAGUAUCUGCAGGCCCUCAGCACGGACUGGCACACCGUCUGCUUUAGGUGUUGUGAGUGCAGCGCCUCAUUGUCUCACUGGUAUUAUGAGAAAGAGGGACGGCUCUUCUGUAAGAAGGACUACUGGGCCAAAUUUGGGGAGCUGUGCCAUGGCUGCAACGACCCGAUCACCACGGGCCUCAUCAUGGUCGCAGGAGAGCAGAAAUAUCACCCAGAAUGCUUCACCUGUCUUAACUGCAGGGCAUUCAUCGGUGACGGAGACACAUACGCUCUGGUGGAGAGAUCAAAACUCUACUGCGGUCACUGUUACUACCAGACUAUCGUCACCCCGGUGUCUCUGCCAGACUCGCCAUGCUCACGGAUCCCUCACACCGUCACACUCGUGUCCAUCCCGGCCACGGCAGAAGGCAACAACGGACGCAGAGGGCGAGGUUUCUCUGUGGCCAUCGACCAGCCGCUCAGCCCGACCAACGGCUACAGUCCUGAACACGGACCCACAGUCAGAGUCUCCCAAGUGGACACCGACUGCAUCAGCCCAGAUGUGAAAAACUCCAUUCAUGUUGGAGACAGGAUCCUUGAGAUCAACGGGACACCCAUUCACAAUGUCCCUCUGGAUGAGAUCGACCUGCUGAUCCAGGAGACGAGCCGGCUGCUGCAGCUCACCAUCGAACAUGACCCUCACAGUCAGGAGGGGGGCUCGUCAUCGGCGGAGGAGCAAGUGGACGGCCCCCUGUCCACUCCUCUGUCUGAGGUCCCCAGCCCCAUCCUGCCCAUCACCCAGCCCCCCAACCUCAGUAACCUGAAGUCUCGCAUCAUCACGCGAAGCUACAGCAUCGAUAAGUCACCAGGCUCCAGCAAUGCGGCGUCCCCCAUCUCCCAGAGGAAGGACAUCAAUCGAUCAGAGUCACUCAGAGUGGUCUCAAAUCGGACGCACCGCAUCUUCCGGCCUUCCGACCUCAUCCAUGGAGAAGUGCUUGGGAAGGGCUGCUUUGGUCAGGCCAUCAAGGUUACUCACAAGGAGACAGGAGAGGUGAUGGUGAUGAAAGAAUUGAUUCGUUUUGAUGAUGAGACUCAGAGAACAUUCCUUAAAGAGGUGAAGGUCAUGCGUUGUCUGGAACACCCCAACGUGCUCAAGUUCAUCGGAGUCCUCUACAAGGACAAGAGACUCAACUUCAUCGCAGAGUACAUCAAGGGAGGCACCCUGAGAGAAAUCAUCAAGAAGAUGGACGGCAACUAUCCCUGGAAUCAGAGAGUCAGUUUUGCAAAGGACAUAGCUGCUGGCAUGACAUAUCUGCAUUCCAUGAACAUAAUCCACCGGGACCUCAACUCACACAACUGCCUGGUCAGAGAGGACAACACUGUGGUGGUGGCAGACUUUGGGCUCUCGCGGCUCAUGGUGGACGACAAGCAUGAGGAGAAGUUGUUGCAGAGUAAACUGCCGGGGCUGAAGAAGCCUGACCGCAGAAAGAGGUACACCGUGGUCGGAAACCCUUACUGGAUGGCUCCUGAGAUGAUACACGGGAAGAGCUACGAUGAGAGAGUAGACAUCUUCUCCUUUGGGAUCAUGCUCUGCGAGAUCAUUGGCAGGGUGAAUGCAGACCCGGACUACCUCCCCAGGGCGAUGGACUUUGGACUUAAUGUGUCUGGCUUCCUGGAGCACUUCUGUCCCCAAAACUGUCCCCCCGCCUUCUUCCCCAUGGCGGCUGUGUGCUGCGACCUUGAUGCAGACAAACGGCCUGCUUUCUCCAAACUGGAAGAGUGGCUUGAGAAUCUGAAGAUGCACUUGGACAUCGGUCUACCCCUGAUGUCUGAACUGGACCAGCUGCACAAAGCCUUCUGGGAGAACCACAGCAACACGCGUCCCUUAAACAGCCUGCACAUCCACCCCGAACAGCCGGAGUAGGGGCAAAUGCAACUGGAGGAGUGGGAAAAUUAAAGAGUUAACCACAAAUAGGGCGGCGAUCUCCUGUCUCAGUGGCUGGAGGAGCAAUGUAAACACUCCUCCAUGUUUGAAGGAGAGGCUGCAGAUGUCGGCUGGUUCAGGCGUAACAAGUAGACUCAGGGGGAAAGUGUGGGUCUGAAGAGCCAUUUGUGCGCGAUGCACACACUUAUUCAAAGUCAAAUCAAGAGUGAUUUACUACGGUAGCUUGAUUCUGCUGCACCCAGAGCUCAAGUGGAACAUGUCAUAUGCAAUCAAACCCCAACUUUCAAAUCAUGACUCGUGUAGAAUUUAACCUUAGAGGUUAUUUCAUUCAUGGAUAUUUACUAUACUAGCUGUAGUGUGUAUAUUCAUGUGGAUUAAUCAGAAAACAAGGCUUACAGCAAACCUUUCAGCCUCCUCACGUUAGGCCUCUACAGCGUACAUAGUGCCGUAUGCGUUUGCAGGUAUUUCUGUGUGACUUUGGUUUUGCUUUUGGUUAGGAUUUCAAAACUGAUCUUAUGAAAAAUACAAAGGAGAGGGGCCUGUUUGUUUAAGGUCCACUUGCUGUCCACUGACUUGUACAAGUCAAACAAACCUUUCAAGCUUUAAAUAGCUCACUGAAGUGUGCAUGACUGUAAAUAAUGCUGUCAGGUCAAAUCCUGGUUCAUCGUGUCGCUUUGACCUCGUUUGGUCACAAACUGCUACACCCACACGUGUCUGUGGCACUGCCCCUCUCCCUCAUUUACUGUGUAGCACUGACUUAACAAUGAGGUACACAUCUUUUGCAUACAUUUGGUAUGUCGUCUCCCAAUUUCAAGACUCGUUCAUAUUGACCUGGCAUACAUACUCAAACACAUACCACUGUAAAUAGCAGGCCACAUUGUAAAUGUUUUAAAUAUUGUAAAUGUAAAGACAUAUUUUAUAUACCUAUGCUACGUUUCCAUAUUUUUAUUGGCUGACCAGUAAAUUUAAAAUUAUGGCGCGAGUUGAAGUUUGACUGCAAUUAUUAGGGCCACAUGUUUUUUUGCUGUUUCUUUUACUUUUUAUAUUGUCCCCAGUUUGGUAAGUUCUGAGCUUUUAGCAAUUGAGAUAAAACCAAAUCUUUUCACCAGAAAUUAUCCCCUUCCCCUGAAUUCAAACCCAGUAAAUGUUACAUUUUGUCAUUUUGCUCCACCUACAAAAAGAUUUCAGUCUUCAUCUGUCCAUUGAGGAAUGCUAGAUUCAAUUUAUUUGUAAAUUUGGAAUAUUUAAUCACAUGAAAUUUGUCAAAACAGAUCUGAUCAUUUUGACGAACUCUGAUUAUAUGUAAUUUGAGAAAUUUGAGAUUGAUCAAUUUGUUCUUAGAAAGAUUCCAAACACUUUAACAUGUUGUCGAGCUGUUAACUAAUGGAAAGAGUUUACUGUGAUAAAACACAACAAUGCUGGUGUUCAUAUGUAUUAAAAAAAAUUGCCAUGUUGUAGGUUCCAAACAGCUAAACGUGCCAUUUACUCUUAAAAAUCAGCCAUUAAACUGGCAAGGCCAAUUCUGACAGGGAGCAAACUAAUUAGGACUUAUUAACCCAAUGAAAUUCAUACAUUAAAAAAAGAAUGUUAUCAUUUCCUUAUCAAAAUAAACAAUAAUAAUGAUUAUAUACAUAUACAGUCAAAACCCAACCCCUCCUGAGAACAACUUUUUUGUUUGUUAUUAAAUAUGAAUCAUGGCUGGAUUUUUGGUUUAGUGCUGGCGUAAAGUAAACAGUCAUUUUUUCACUCGUGUCUCAUGUACUGUACAGUAGCUCAGGUGUGGGGAUAUUAUGUCAUCAGGUACUGCCUCAUCAUGUCGGCUGUCUGUCCAAGUAUUUGUCUCUCCUCCAGUGGGCGACCCGCUGUUUGUUUACAUGUAAAUGUGAGCUGUAUAUUCCACUAUAUGUAUGUGUCUGUCUGAACUCCUGUCCGCGUGCAUAAAUAUGUGCACUCCUCAAGAAUAAUCUCUUCCACUCACUUUCUCUCUCGCACCUUCUUGCAAACCGUUUCUGUCCCUAGACUUAAAAAAUCUGAUUGCUCUUAAUUUCUUGCUGUUGUUUUCACAAGCUGCUUGAUGUACUAAGUCUACACAGUUUUUAACACGAGCGAUUUUGCCUCUUUUUAUGUCAUUUUACAAAACAAAACAAAGGAUGAAGGACAAAAAAAAGUCAAAGAAAGCCAGAAAUGAGAAAAAAAAUGUUUUUUUUUUUACACACACAAACACACUCACACAUCCACUGAAAUCUUUUUGUAUAGAUUUGAGUACUUUAAUUUGCACUAUUUAACUAAAUGGCAUGUUGAAGCCAUGUUUGUUAAUUUCCUCUCUUGGGCUAACUUGUGAUAAGGAAAUAACUUAUGUCAGUUCAGGUUGUUAUAUGAAUGCAAGACACUGAUAGAGCCUUUCGACUGUAUAAAUGGGAUCUGGGAAAUGCAUCCUCUUGAUAGCAACACUUCUGAUUAUGGAGGUGCAUUUCUGUGCACACUUCAACAUUUUAAAUACAGUUUUGGCAGAAACCUGACCAAACCUUUUUUUGUGAGGAAAGUCAUAUCAAUGGAAAUACUUACUAUUUUCAAACUUUAACAAAAGUCAAGUACCAACAUGAGUACCUUGAAAUAUCUCUGGUCUUCACUACCCAGAGGAUGUUUUGUCCCAGCUCUGCCCGCUGCCUACAGACUGGUCCUUUGUGAAUGAUGUGUUGUUUCUGACUGCUUGGUUUUGUAUGCGAUGCUCAAAGAGGCUGCGAUCAUUGCAGGUCUUUCUGAUAAUAGAUCACGUAAACUGGCCUGUUUCCACCUCUAACUCCUCAUCACAACUCUUUUGGCUCAGGGCCGCACUUUUCUGGAGCUAACGCCACAUAAUUCAGUAAUUUCAGCAGCUUUAUAGGAGAGCAGCUUUAAUAGUAAGACUCUUGGAGCAUGUAACCUGUCAAUGUUUAGGCUGAUAACACAAAAUGCGCUUCUGUAAAAUAAGCACCUCCUCUCCGGUUGAUGUGUCUGUCCAUGGGCAUGCACUGCACACACACUAGUGGCUUUGCCAUCUUUUUGUCUCAAUUCCCGUCUGAGCCAUGUUGAGCAUGUUCGAUUGUGUCUGUGAGGAAGCAUUGAUGAUCACUGAGAAUGUCGCCGCAGCACUACUUUACAAAGGAUCUUUACCUCCGAACAAUGCUGUGCCUUUGUUGUAAGCUAGCCUUGCCAACGACUCGAAAACAUGAACUGAGUUCCUUUUUUUAACGUAUCAUUAGUGCAAACCUGAUUCAAGUGGAUUGAAUAUCAUUGCUGAUACUGUGUUGUAUGAGAUUUCGUCUUGUUCUGUACCAUAUUUAUAUUUUUCUGAUCUCCAUUGUCAGUUUUGAUAUUUUAAUAUUAUAUUUCUUUUUUUUUUUUUGUCUUAUUUAAUUUUUUUACACAAGCUGUGAAAACAAUUCUGCACUUUAAUCCUGAUCGUGAACAUGUAGAGGAGGCGACUGUUUUUCCUUUUGUCACAGCUAAAAAUAAAACUGUUGCUUCUUAAACACA